UUAAGCCGCAAACUCUCAUUGAGGAGAUACACAAUCUAACAGCCGGCCGAAAGGACUGCGCCUAUAUCUCGACUGUAGUUGGUCAGCACAAGAUGUGGGUUGCUCAGUAUUUCCGCUGGUGCCCCCCUCGCACUCUCAUUACAUGUGGUGACCUUCGAACAAUGGGAUAUGUUCUCCCUGCAGCGAUUGGGGUCAAGGUUGUCAAACCACAUGCCCUUGUUAUUGAUAUUGAUGGUGAUGCAUCUUUUGCCAUGACCUUGAACGAGCUGUCAACUGCUGCGCAAUUUAAUAUCGGGGUAAAGCUCAUCAUCCUGAAUAAUGAAGAGCAGGGCAUGAUUACACAAUGGCAAAACCUCUUCUACGAGGAUCGUUACGCUCACUGCCAUCAAAAGAACCUCGGCCUUGUGAAGCUAGCGAUGGCUAUGGGUCUACAAGUCCGCCAUGUAGUAAAACCAGAUCAUGUAUUUAACAGUCUGAAGUGGUUGAUCGACACUGAGGGACCGACUCUGCUUGAGGUUAUUACUGAUAAAAAGGUACCAGUGCUGCCGAUGGUUCCUGGAGGAUCAGGCUUAGAUGAGUUCAUCACCUGGGACCGCGAAAAGCGAAAUAUAAAGAAUGACGAGAGUUGAUGCGCAAACGCACAUUCGGACUUCAUGGCUAACAGCGCUAUCUUGAGAAACUUUAUGGGCCCCUGUGAGAAAUCAGAUGAUAGUCACCCCUGUUUUAUGUAAUAUCCCUUGAUUUACCCAUUUUAAGAAUUUUUGAGCAAACUCUUUCAGGAGGAUCAUGGUUGCGAAGUAUCAAUUACAUUUAAUAUUUACGUACUUCUUUUUGUAUGUAUGAUGGUAGUUGGGUCAUCUUCAACAAAUUGACAACUUCGUGCUAAUGUACACUCUACAAGCAGCACCGAAAUCUCG